AUGCGCAAAAGCAUUGAUACUAUGAGUUUGUUUUCAUGUCGAAAUGGCUUUAAUAUUUCAUGGGAUUAUGUCUGUGAUGGUAUAACCCAAUGCAGUGAUGGCUCGGAUGAAAUUCAAUGCCAAUGCCAAGGGGACUUUUAUACUUGUAUUCAAGGGAAUAAUGUCAGUUGUCGACUCGGAUGUGAAAGUGACUUUAAAUAUGUAACAUGUUUAACGUACAGAAAUAAACGAGCAUGCGAACAGUAUCAUAAGCGAAAAACCAUCAUUACUGUACCUCAAAUCGAUGUACAAUUGGCAAUAGCCGAUUCGUCAUCGUCGAGUCAUUUUGAUGCACUGAGAUAUUCUGCUCUUCUUGCUGCUGGCAUUCUCCUCAUUGUGUCGAUUGUGUCAAUAUUUAUUUAUUUAAUACGUAAGAAACCGUCAUUAAAUUUAUCGUCUUGUGAUUCCUCGUUUAUAAAUACAAAACAAUGUUGUUUAUCAAGUUCAACGGAAUCAACCGCUUUACCUGCAUCUAUUUUACUCCAAAACCCAUCACCACAAUUACCUCGUUAUUCUUCAUCUGUUACAAACAGUAAUCUAAGAGCAAAUUGUAACGAUGUGUUACCAUCUUAUCGAUAUUCUUUGACCACAUCAGAUGACUUUUAUGAGCCACCUCCAUAUCCAGGUGUUACACCGACAAAUCGUUCACAUGAAAUUUAUUAUGAAUCAAUUAAAUCACCUUCGAGUUCAACUUUAUUUAUGAAUCAACCAUCGUUAACUACUUCGAAAAUGAGUAAUAAUGUUAAUAAUAAUACAACGACGUCGAUAAGACAAGGUGGUACUUGUCAAAGUCACAUAUCGUAUACUAGCGAAAGGACGCAUUGUGUGUAA